AUGCUGUGCUUGCCAGAAUUCCUUCAGUUGCUGCUGUUGCUCAAAAUGGGACUGGUAACUAAAGGUGUGGAUGUGUGUCCAUCACAUUGUGACUGUUCUAGUUGGGACCACUUCAAAAUUACCUGCACAGAGAUUCAUUUCAUCCCCAGCCUACCACAAGGCACACAGACUUUGAGGUUUAUGGAAACCCAUCUAAGAAAAAUUCCUAGAGAAGCAUUCUCCAAUCUCCCCAACAUCUCAAGAAUCUAUAUCUCCAUAGAUGCAGCUCUGCAGAUGCUGGAGGCUGAUUCUUUCAACAAUUUAAGCAAAGUCAUCCAUAUAGAAAUUCGAAAUGCUAGAAACCUAAGUUACAUAGAUCCUGAUGCUUUUAAGAAUCUCCCACAGCUAAAAAACCUUGUGAUCUUGAAUACAGGACUCAGGAUUUUUCCUGAACUUACGAAAAUCUACUCAAUGGAUGUGAAUUUUUUACUUGAAAUUGCUGAUAAUCCUCACAUGACUUCAGUGCCUUCCAAUGGAUUCCGUGGGCUGUGUAAUGAAUCCCUUACAUUAAAACUCUACAAUAAUGGCUUCACAAAGAUACCAGCCCAUGCGUUCAAUGGGACAAAGCUGGAUUCUGUGUACCUGCAUAAGAAUAAAUAUCUGCGAGUUAUUGAUGAAGAAGCAUUUAUUGGCGUGCAGAGUGGUCCAUCACUACUUGAUGUCUCCCAGACUGGUAUUGUUACCCUGCCAGCAACAGGGCUUGAAAACCUUAAAGAACUGAUGGCACAAAACACAUGGUCACUGAAGAAAUUCCCUCCCAUGAAAGCUUUUCCUUAUCUUAUUCGAGCGAAACUGUCGUACCCAAGCCACUGUUGUGGGUUCAAGAACUGGAAAAAAGCCAAAGGCAUUCUUGAAUUCCUGUUCUGCAACCAAACUAACAAUCCCAACUUGCGCAAGAGAAGGUCUGCCAGUGCCUCCAGGGUCCCUUUUUACCAAGAUUACACAGAAGAUGAUUCAGAUCAUACUGACGAUGCAUACGACGAGAACAUGAAAUUUAGAGAUUUUCAUGGAAAUCCUCAAUAUUAUGUCUUUUUUGAAGAGCAGGAUUAUAGAGGGGUUGGGUUUGGCGAAGAGCUCAAGAACCUUCAAGAGGAGAACACCCCGGCAUUCGACAACCAUUAUGAUUACUUUAUCUGUGGAGGGAGUGAUGAUAUAGUGUGCACCCCGGAACCUGAUGAAUUCAAUCCCUGUGAAGAUAUAAUGGGAUACAGAUUUCUAAGGAUUGUGGUGUGGUUUGUGAACUUGUUAGCAAUUUUCGGCAAUGCUUUUGUUCUCUUUAUUCUUCUCACCAGCCAUUACAAGCUGACAGUCCCUCGCUUCCUAAUGUGCAACUUGGCCUUUGCUGAUUUCUGCAUGGGAUUAUACCUUCUCCUGAUUGCUUCUGUGGAUCUUUACACUAAGUCAGAGUACUACAACCACGCCAUUGAUUGGCAAACUGGGUCAGGUUGUAAUACUGCCGGCUUCUUCACUGUCUUUGCUAGUGAGCUGUCCGUUUUCACCUUGACUGCCAUCACCUUGGAGCGCUGGUACGCCAUCACCUUUGCCAUGCGGUUGGACAAGAAAAUUCGUCUCUGGCAUGCUUCUAUAACGAUGUUGGGUGGUUGGCUGAUAUGUUUCCUUCUGGCCCUUCUACCGUUGCUUGGAGUCAGCAGUUAUGGAAAAGUCAGCAUCUGUCUUCCCAUGGAUACUGAAACACCUUUGGAUCAAGCCUACAUUGUAAUUGUUUUAGUACUGAACAUCAUUGCUUUUAUCAUUAUUUGUGCCUGUUAUAUAAAAAUCUAUAUCACAGUGAGGAAUCCACAGUACAAGUCAGGGGACAAGGAUACCAUAAUUGCCAAAAGGAUGGCUGUGUUAGUAUUUACGGACUUCCUAUGCAUGGCUCCAAUCUCAUUCUAUGCGUUGUCUGCUAUCAUGAACAAGCCCUUAAUAACUGUGAGCAAUUCAAAAAUCCUGCUGGUUCUUUUCUAUCCACUCAACUCCUGUGCUAACCCAUUCCUUUAUGCUAUCUUCACCAAAGCAUUCAGAAGAGAUGUUUUCAUCUUGCUCAGCAAGUUCGGAUUAUGUGAGCAUCAGGCUCAACUCUACCGGGGCCAGACAGUCUCUCCCAAGAACAACAGUAGCUCUUACAGCCAGAAGGGCAGUCGAGGGAUGGGUCAGAAUCUCACAAACCUACAACAGUGUCAUCCCAGCUUGUCUGAAAACUGCCACCUAGCAGUGAUGCUACAUUCUCAAGGAACCAUGGAAGACAGUAAGCUCACUGUGUUAUAG